ACCGCCUGCCGCGCGACCUGAACGUCAAGCUGCGUGUUAACCGGCGGGACCCAAGCCUGCCCGACAACCACGGGCAGAUCUGGAUGCAGCUCGCGUCCAUCGCCUUCACAGGAGGGCGAGAGGACGAGGGCUUGGGCGGGGAGGACGCCGCCCCGCACGUCAUUGAGGCACUCCGCCUCGGCGGCGACAAGCACUUCCCAACGCGGAGGCUCAUCACGUUAUGGAACCACCGGAGGUGGCGGCCCACCACGACGCAGUGGUGCCGCACGAGGUUAGGGCUGGACACCUUCAACAUCUCAUACUUUGAGUGGAUCGCCAGCCUCCGCAUCGAUGAGUACUGGAUCGAUGCCUUGGGCGAGGUCCUCGGCGUCCUGGCCGACCUGCCCGCGGACGAGCGGGAUAACAUCACGCCUGCCGACUGGGAGAGGCUCUCAACCUGCCAAGCCGCCCCCAACGUCACAAGCGUGUUCUACGCGCCUGGGGAGCAGCAGGCGGGGCAAGCGCCGCGCACCGCGCGGGUCGACGGGUUCCUCGCGACGCUGGAUGACAGCACCUACCGCCUCGUCCACGACCACAUCGCGGAAUCGCUUGUGCUCACGUUCCCCGACCUGAGGCGCGUCCUCCACUGCAGGAAGCUAGAGAUCCAGACGGCCGUCCGCGUGCUCCAUCACGUGAUCCGCUGGAUCAGCCCAGAGCAGGCCAAGGCCGUCGACGACAUCAGGCCUAAGGUGAGGAACAAGCCCCUCCUCCGGGAGCACCUGUCGAUGGCGCUAGACGAGCUCGCCUCAAGCAGGGGCUGGGCGCCCGGGGCCUUCCCUGCGAUCGCGGCUGUCCAGCUGCAGAGACGCGUCCUGGACUACGUGCGGGACAACCUGGCCGAGUUCCGGGCGCCGGAGCUGCUCCCGCUCCUGGACGACGACGACGCGCCCGCCGAGGGGGAGGACAGCGACGAGGGCGGCGGCUCAUACGGGCAGCGCUUCAACUACGUCGCGUGGGCACGCCUGCUGAAGCUGGUGCGGCAGACGACCGAUAGGGAGGGCCAUACACUGCGGCCAUCGUGGCAGACGGAGCGCGCGACCAGGAGGUGCGAGCGCCAGGCCAAGGCCUCCACCCUCGUGCAGGGGUUCUGCGCCGGCCUGUUCAAGCUCGCCGGCCAGCAGGACGCCGCGGCGAUGCGGCUCGCCCAGCAGAAGGCGGAGGAGCUCGUCAACGCCUAUCUGUACCUUGCGUUCCCCAACAGCUCCCCAGCGGCGGCGCCGGACCGCCCCGACGACCCUAGCCAGCCGACGCAGGACGCGCCCGUCAUCGCCAGGCAGUCCUCCCGCCAGCGCCAACGCAGCGGCGGCGGCGACGUCGACGACGAAGAUGGCACUCAGCACCCGCCGCAGCAGCAUCCCCCCUUCCUCCUCGCCGCCGCCGCCGCAUCAACAGCGGCGCCCUCUGCCGUCGCCCCCAGCGCCAGCAACUACCGCCAGCCAGAAACCAGGGCCACGCUGGAAGCUAGGGCCUAG